GUCCUCAAGGCGUGCGCUACGUCUCUGUCGGAUUUCCUCAAGGCUAAUGGAUUCAACCACUCUAAGGAGCUGCGGGAUGUGUUCAGGCUGUUACAAGAAGGUGUAGAUGGAGGAGAGGAUGAGGAUGAUGCGCUUGAACUUGAUUAUUAUCUUAGCUAUACUCAGCAGGCUACUACUCGAACUAAGUGCCGAAAGUUGGUCAAGUUCAUACGUACGUGUGAGUACAUCCUUGCGGACUCUGUGGAGGCCCUGUGCUUUCGAUCUACGGGGGGGUUGUUGGCCCUUCUCGACCAAUACAUGAAGCAAGCGGAGAGGGAUGAGCAACGCAGGCUAUCUGGAGAGGCGCCACCCGACGGGUCUCGAGCAGUGAAGAGCAUUCUAUCGCAACCGUACAGGCCGGGCAUGUUCGAGGCCUUGGGGAGCGCGCCGGCUGAUGAAAGACCGAUCUUUAUCAUAGAUUGCACUUUCGUGACGGGGGAGGGGCAGGAGGUUGGUAGUCAUUUGGAGUUCUCCCCGACAGGCCAGGACUUCAGAGACUUCGUGGAAGAGGCGUAG